CUGGGUCUCAGUUAUCAAGGAGACGCGUGUCUGCCGGCACUGCACAGCAAUAUAUCGAGCUGUGUACACCUGCUUCCCAGCCUCCUGGUUUUCCGUUUACAUCCUAUUUUCAUCGUAUAUGUUGACAAAAUUACUAGAAUAGCUUUUUGUACUAUAAGGAUUCACAGUGCAGUGCGACGUGGUGUGUGGCAAGCCAUAAUAAAAAUAUACUUCAAGAAACUACUCGCCAUCGUGAUAUUAUAAGUUAGAAUUGUGCAAGGGUGGAGGCGGUGGUUGCGGUGGAUGAUCUCGACUACUACAGUGAGAAAUACGACUUGAUUUACUGUGUUCCAAAACUAUAAUCGGAUUAAAUAUUGUGUUGGGCAAACACAAUGAAACUGUGAUAAAAAAAGAAAUUACGAUAAUUUAUUUUAGACAAGAGCUUGUGGUGCAAUCUCCAAUCUUGAUAAUUUAGAUUCUUUGCAUCGAGGAAUAUUACAAUUUAAUUACUCAAAAUGAACGGCAGUACGUUGCAUGCCAGUGAUACGUUGUAUUCAAAUAACACCAUUCUCAAAUUUUACCAUCAUGUAUUUUGGGAACUCUCAGAUCCACGAACGAGAGAUUGGUUCUUGCUAGCAUCGCCGUUGCCGGGACUGGGCUUGAUGUUCGCUUAUCUCUAUUUCGUGCUGUCAUGGGGUCCCCGCCAAAUGGAGCAUCGCAAGCCGUUUGUGCUGAAAAAUACUCUAGUCAUUUACAAUUUUUUCCAAGUUCUACUUAGUGUAUGGCUCUUCUGGGAAGGUCUAACUGGUGCCUGGCUCUUCCACUACAGCUGGAAGUGCGAGCCUGUUGAUUUUUCCAAUUCCCCGCACGCUUUAAGGGUGGCGAGAGGAGUUUAUGUUUACUUUAUUGCCAAACUCACUGAACUCCUCGAUACAGUCUUUUUUGUCCUGCGAAAGAAAGACAAACAAAUAACGUUCCUCCAUAUGUAUCAUCACACUGUCAUGCCAAUGAUUUCCUGGGGUGCUGCUAAAUAUUAUCCCGGAGGUCAUGGAACUUUCAUCGGUGUCAUCAACAGCUUCGUUCAUAUUAUUAUGUACACGUAUUACAUGCUUGCUGCUGUUGGACCUCAACUUCAGAAAUAUCUUUGGUGGAAGAAAUAUAUCACUACUUUGCAGAUGGGUCAAUUCUGUCUGGCUUUCUUGCACAGCUUCCAGCUUCUCAUCUACGAUUGUGAUUAUCCACGUUGGUCUCUUGUAUUUAUUUUACCUAAUGCCAUUUUCUUCUACUUCCUCUUUUCCGAGUUCUACAAUCAGGCCUACACAGGAGACGGCAAGAAAAAAAAGGACGACGAUCACGACGCAGUAUCGAUAGAAGGCAAAGUUAAAAAUGUCGUUUCAUCGACCGAAACAAACGGCAAGCCCACACACAAGGGAAAUUCAUUAACGAAUGGUGCAUCACACAAAAAUGGUAAAACUAAAUCCGCUUAAAAAAGCUUAAGCGUCAUCUAAAAUUGAUUAUCAGUGAAAGGAAUGUUUUUGUAAAUAGUUGUUUUAUGAUAACUUUUGCUGUCACUUUUUCUACAGUAGAUAAGAACAUUAUUCUACGUGGUUUUUUCAAUUACAAAAUAUUGUUUCUGCAAUAAAAAACGUCUUAAACAUCAAAAAAAUAUAUUUCAAGCCUGUGUGAUAAAAUUUAUGCUUUCUCAUGUGAUAGACAUAUUUUUAGUUUAUUAUCAGUCGAAAGACAAUCGAAUUAAAUUGGUUUUUUAAAUCUUAGAAAUUAAAAGUGUUUUGAAAAUUACAGUUGAGAUUUUUAAUGUUUUUACAAGAUAGCUAAAAUAAUUUUUAUGUAAAGUGCAUCUAAAUCAUAGCAAUUUUAGUUUUUUGUGGCCAUUUUUGAUGUAUUCAAUUUAUCAUAUUAAGAAUGAGUUUGAAAAAGCACGAGCCUAUUUUCAUAUCUACAAAGACGGCGAAAAUUGUUAUACACAUUUUAAAGUUGUUAUAUAUCUUUUUCAUAUAUUUCCAAUGUCAAACUGUAGACUAAUGGAUGGUAAAAAUUGCUGAAAAUUAUUUAUAUACAUACAUAUAGAUAGGAACAUCGCUAUAAUAGAGUUAUUAAAUUUACGCAUAAUCUUGUAAGUGUACAAUUAUAAUACAUCGCCUAUAUGCUCUUCCACUUUAAAAUAAUAGAUAGCCCGUAGUUACCGUUUCAUUUGAAAUAAAAUUCUGUAAGUCUAAUUUUGAUGAUAAAUAUCAAUAAAAAAUGUAUCAAAUGCAUUGAA